ACCUUUUUUUGUUUUGUGAAGUAUAUAAUGUGCAUCAUAUAUUAUUAUAAUUAAAAAAUCAAUUUGGUUUGUAAAACAGAAACAUGAUUUUAUGAUAUGGCUGAGUUGCAUAUUAUUGGUCAAAUAUCUUUAGCCAAAAAUUUCAAAGAAUCUCAACUAUUUUGUAAAUGGAGUUGUCAUGCUGGAAAUGGUUGGAAAGUCAUAGAAGGAAGUGAAGAAGGACAAACCCAAGAAAGUUGUGAUAUAUAUACUAACGAACCAAUUUGGGAUCAUCCUAUUGAUAUACAUUACACUACGCAAACAUUACAGAAUUCUCCGAAACUGCUUCUACAAAUAUUUUCUAGAGAUAAUUAUGGGAGGGUAUUAUUCAAUUCCUAUGGUGUUUGUAAUAUACCAUUAUCUCCUGGAUCUCAUUGUUUAAGUUGCCAUACAUGGAAACCGAUUGGUGAUUGGAAAGAUAGACUUAGAGACAAAUUUUUAGGAGUGGUUUUACAAUUAAAAUCUCCAAGUGUUUUAGUUAAUACUGUGGAUAGAUUUGAAUUACUUACAGAAAGUAUGGGCACUAUUCAAAUCGAACUGCACAUACUUGCUAGGAAUUUUGACAAAUUUGGAUGUCAUUUAUGAAGACAUUAAAUAUUCCAGAAAGAGACUGCUAUACGAUCUCAUUAAAUAUAUAAGAACUCUUAUAUUGCAUUAAAAAUGCUAAGAAUAUUUUUAUUACUAUACUUCAUUUUUUUAUCCAACAACUUAAUUUCUCUGGAGAAAAUCGAGGAUAUAAUAACAUGUUUGAAGGGAACAGACUGCGACGAAUUUACAGAUACCGAUAAUUAUACAGAAACAUAUGAUGAAAAUGGUCUUACGUCAAAUAAUUUUUCAAAUGUCACUGUUAAUAUUACUGAAUCAACUUUAAGUAUUAAUUUAAUUAAUAUAACACAAACUCCACAA